AUUUCACAUUGCGACAUUCUCGAAUGUGUGCGCAUCCGAAAUUGGAUAUUUGAUUGUUCCCAUUUCAUUGCAGUGUUUUACAGUUCGUUGGUUUAAUUUCCUGUACAGUCGCAGGCAGGAGUUCACCCACGAACAAGGAAAAAGGAGGGAACUUGGGGAAAGCAGCCGCGUUGCACUGCAGCACGUUUGUUUUGUUUGGUUGAGUGUUUUGCGUCUUCUGUCUGUUUGUUGAAAACAGACACGCUCGUUUCAGUUUUUAUCAACUUUCUGAUGCCUUUCAGUUGACCAAACUCCUCCAUCGGCUAUAGUUAGACACCUGUGUUUUGUUACCGCAAAUCGGCGAUUUUAGACAUGGUGAAGCUUACCAAGGCCAAAACCUUCCAGGCAUACCUGGAUUCCUGUCACCGUCGCUACAGCUGCGUUCACUGCCGCGCACACCUGGCCAACCAUGACGACCUUAUCUCCAAGUCCUUUCAAGGGAGCCAGGGACGUGCCUACCUCUUCAAUUCUGUGGUGAAUGUGGGCUGUGGUCCAGCAGAGGAGAGGCUGCUUCUUACCGGGCUCCAUGCCGUGGCUGAUAUCUACUGUGAGAACUGCCACACCACGUUGGGCUGGAAAUAUGAGCAGGCUUUUGAGUUGAGUCAGAAGUACAAGGAGGGGAAGUUCAUCAUUGAGCUGUCCCAUAUGAUCAAGGACAAUGGCUGGGACUGAAGAGUUUCGAGGGGGGGUGUGCGGGGAAAGAUUGUGCUCCACCCGCAACCGGCUGUCGCUAAGUCACCCUAUCACUGCUUACAGCUUUGCCAAGAAUAGCUUGUGAUGCCUUUUUUUUUUUUUCUUUCUUUCUUUUUUUUUUAUCCAUGUUAUGAUCGCAAGCACCUUUUCAUAUUGAUAUCCCAGCACGCCAUUUUUACAGUUUAAGAAAGAGAGAGAGAGAUCUGGUGUGUGUGUGUGUGUGUGUGUGUGUGUGUG